CUCAAGGUUUUUUUAAACGCAGUAUUUAAUAAAAUCAGAAAAUAUUUUCCAAAGAUACAUUAUAUUGUUUGAAACCUCUGUUCUUGUAUGAGGGACAUUGAAAAAAGUUAUAAUUCAUUUUUCUAAAGAACCCAAAUUUAAUUGACAGCAUAACUUAAUAAUUUCCAACGCCAUUUGAAAAUCUUUCUUUAGAUAAAGAUUACUCAUCAAUCAUGAUUAGAAUAGCAAUAAUCUUUAUGCUAUCUUCACUGACUAAUUGUGAUAACCAUAAAGAUUACAAAUUGGAUUUGAGUACAGUAUAUAAUUCUCUCUUAGAAGUGAAUUUGUAUAUGAGCAGACAAAUUAUGGAAAAUGAUUCGGCAAUUUUCUUUGGUAACACAAAAAGUGGAAGAAGUACACUAAUUAAUUACAUAAUGGGCAAUGAAUUAAUUGGUGUAAGGCAGUCGAUAUAUAAUCCAAUAGAAAUAAUAGCAAGAAAUGAAUCCAUUGGACCAAAAAUUGGAAGAGGAUCAUUAACAGAGACUUCAAUCCCCUCAAGUUGGACUUCGAAAUUAUUACCUAAUUUGACUCUCUGGGACACUCCUCCGUUUGACGACAAUAGAGGAGCAGUACGUGACAUUACUAAUUCCUUUUAUUUGUAUAAUCUGGUGAGAAAGGUUAAAUCUCUAAAAAUAAUUCUAGUUGUUGACAUUAACGAUAUUACACAAGAUAAUACUCAACAGUUUAUGUCUCUUAUCACAUCAGUUGAAACUCUUUUUGGUAAUGGGUUUAAAAACUAUUUUAAUAGUACAACAGUCAUUUUUACAAAAGUACCUACCACUACUUAUGAUGACCAACCAAUUGAUAAUGAAUACAUAAAUUAUCAUUUACAAAAUCAUUUGUUACUCGACACAGGAUUGAAAUGGUCCGAAGUUUUGAAAAGAUUUAUAGAAUUUAUAAUACAUAAUAAAGACCGAGUUGCACUUUUCAAGAAAUUAAAUCAUCCAGAUAAUGUAACUAAGGAUAUCGAUGAUAAUAUAUUUCCGGCUAUUCGUAACUCUGAAAGCAUAAAUAGUAGUUCUCUUCAAAACGUACGUCCAAGAAUAUCAGCUGCUUCUAUGCUAGAACUGUUUAAAACCAAGCAGACAUUGCAGACAAGGUUAAUUGUUGAAGGUACAGAAAAAUUACUGUUAAAGAAAUUAAAGAACACGAUGGAUGUUUUGGAUAAAUUAAACAAUAAGAUAGAUAAAAAUAACAUAACUGCAAUAAAGACAAAUUUAACAGAAGAUUUGAUUAAACUUACUGAGUCUUUGACUUAUGAAAAUAAUAUAACAAAAAAAGUAGAUAGCUUCAUUGCCAUUGAUUCUGACCUUAAUGUGACUGAAAAGGAGAAUUUGAAAAGAAAUGUAGAACUAAUACAAAAAGUUGCAGACCUCUUAAAUGUUACUAUAAGUAAAGCAUUAGAGUUUACUGUGGACUCUUAUUUGUUAACCUUAAGCCUAAAAUAUCAAGCAGCGAUUUCACUAGUUGAUGUAAAAUUAGGCAUUAUAUCAGAACAAGAAUUUUUGGAUAGAAAGAAAGAAGAAGAUAAGCUAGCUCAAAAUAUUAGUAUAGCAAAAGAACAAUUAAAUGAAUUGGAUAAUACUAAUAACAAAAGUGUAUGGGAUAUAAUAAUUGAAAACAUUAGUGAUUUCUUUAGAGAAAUAAAAUCAUGGUUUACUUCUAAAGAAAGCAAGUAAAAGGGACACACCAUUCUGAAAUAAGUGACUGGAAAAGCGAAUGUGAAAGUUAACAACUCCAUUAUGAAGCUUUUCUGUAUUGAAUUAGCUGGAAGACAGUUAUCAUCAGAGGUUCUCACUACUUACGAAUCUGAAAUUAUAUUUUAAAAUUUUAGAGUAGCAAAAUGGGUUGGCAAACCCAAUAAUAAUGGGUAUGGCAAACAUACUAAAAUGUAGGAAUUAAAUAAUAUUUAAUAAGAUAUUAUAUUAUAAUAUCUUGAAAUAUUUUACAUGUUCGUAACAUUUGCUUGAAACUCAUUUGUCGAGUGUAUUUGGAUUCGCUGAUUACGUAUCUGGCUGCAAAAGGUUUUUUAAUUUGACAAAUAUAUUAUAACGAAUGUUUAAUUCAUUAUGCGUAAAACACUCCAGUCACAGUUUUCAAGCAAAUUGAAUUGAUCUUCAAUUUCUUUAGACGUCCAAAAGACGUCUUUAAGACACAGUAUUUAAGCUUAAUAUUAAUGCUAUAUUUUCUCGGAAUAUUGAAGAUUAUUGAUUAUUGAUUAUUGAUUAUUAUAAUUAUUACAAUAUAAUUUUAUAUAAUAAUAAUGUAUAGUAAUUUAUUAUAUGUUUGUAAUUAAUUAUUAUAUUUUAUUAUAUUAUAACAUUACCAGGCAAUGAUUCACCAUAUAGAAUUCAAAUGUUGUGCCAUUUGGGUAUAACUAUAAUUACUCUCCCUAUGUAUGGAGUUUGAUUAAGAAGCUCUAAUUUUUUAUCGUAAAAUAUUCGUACAAUAUUCAUUUUCAUAUAAUACGUGUAGAAUAAACAAUUUUUGAAAUUUCUAGCAGCGCAAAGUUUGGAACACAAUCUAAUAUCAACAUUUGCUGGUUUAAAAAUAAAUGUUUUUAAAUCAUUCAGAUCCAAGAAGCUUCUAAGAUAAAUACAUUUUGCAGUAAUAAUUUUAAUGGAAUUUUAAUAAGACUUUGUAUGAAUACAAUUUAUAUUCUGCUUAUAGAUUUUGCAUUUAUUAUUGUAAAGUUUAUUUUUCUUAAGCCUGGUGUGUUUUAGCGUGAAUAAUGAGCAACAAAUAGAAUUCAUAAAUGUGUUUUACUACUCAAAAUUUAAAGCAGUUUCUUAUAUGCUUUUAUAAAGUUUCAGUUUCUAUUGUAUAAUAUAUAAUAUUAAAAACGUUGUAUUUACGUUCUUAAAACUUAAUCUUGAAAUGUGUGUGUGUAAUAAAAUUAUUUUUAAUUGUAGUAAAAAGUUUACCAAUCAAA